AUGGUGGGUGCUGCCGAACGGGAGAUUGAACUUUGUACCAAACUAAUAAAACAAGAUGAGGCAACACGACAGGCCGAGACAAAGAGUACGAAAAAAUCUGAUGUAAUUACAAGUACGAGCCAUGAUGUUCGUAAUGCUCUUGCUUGCAUGACUGAGCUGAUCAAGAUAUCGUACGAUGAAGUUUCCCAGGGUUCCGAAAUAAGGGAAUAUCUAACACAAAUGGAUGCAUGUACAAAACACCUCUUAGGUGUAUUGAACUCUAUUCUUGACAAAAGCAAAAUUGAAGCAGGUAAGAUGGUACUUGAAGAUGAGGAAUUUGACAUAUUCCAACUUAUUGAAGAGGUGGUCGAUUUCUUUCUUCCAUCGGGUUUAAAGAAGGGCGUAGAUGUGGUGUUGGAUCCUUAUGAUUGCUCUCUUCUAAAGUUUUCACAUGUUAGAGGUGAUAGGGGAAGGCUUAAGCAAAUAUUAUGCAACUUAUUAGGCAAUGCUGUCAAAUUUACUGCAGAGGGACAUGUAACAGUUCGCGCUUGGGUUCAGAAAUCUGAUUCCAUGAAUUCAAUCACAGCUGCCGAUUCUGGUCAGAACAAUGGUUUGUUGAAGCAUUUGUUGUGUUUUCGGAACUACAAGAACAUGAUCAAAGAGCAAUCAGAUGGCAUCAAAGCAGUGAAUGGGAUUCAACAGGAUCCAAAUUCGUUGCUAUUUUUCUUUGAGGUUGAUGAUACCGGGAGGGGAAUUCCGAAAGAAAAACAAAAAGAAAUGUAGAACUAUGUCCAAGUCAAAGAAACAGCUCAUAAAGAAGGAGGUACUGGCGUAGGACUUGGUAUCGUUCAGUCUCUGGUACGCUUGAUGCAUGGAGAAAUUGGAAUUGUGGACAAGAAGAUUGGUGAAAAAGGGGCAUGUUUCAGGUUUAAUGUUCUCCUGAGAGCUAUCAAUCUGUCUGAGGAUCCCUAAAAUUUAAAACAAGACCUUGAAUCGGGAGGUGACCCUAGUUGUGAUGACAGAUCAACUGGGAUUACUUGCAAAUUGGCCAUAAAUCCUAGCCCAAAUCUCACACCAAUUGGAAGUCCUAGGUUAAAUGUAUCCCGCGGCACCCCUAGUAGUCCUAAGGUAGAGGAAUCCAUUGUUGUACUAAUUAAAAAUGAAGAGCGGCAGAGAAUAGUAUACCAGUUCAUGAGCAGCCUAGGGAUUAAGGUAUCAGUGGUAGAACAAUGGGAACAACUAGCUCAUACUCUCAAGAAAAUAAAGCAAAUGAAGAUGAAGGGUUACCAUUCUCAAAAUCAUCCUAAUGAUGUUAUCAUAAAAGGGGCACUUCACGGUACUCCUGUAACCCCCUUAAAUUCAAAACAGAGAGCAACAGUUAAAAUUUGUCCAAAUGGAAGAGAAGCUCUAGAUUUUAUCCACCAUAAUCUAGUCAACAAAAGGAAACAUGAUUAUGAUUUUGUACUAAUGGAUUGUCAGAUGCCUGAAAUGGAUGGAUUUGAAGCAACAAGGCAGAUAAGGAAACUGGAGCAUUCUUACCAUGUACGCAUUCCGAUCAUUGCAUUAACAGCUCAUACGCCAGGCGAGGAAACAAGAAGGAUGUUAGAGGCCGGCAUGGAUGGCUAUCUGUGCAAACCCUUGGACAAAGAUCGUCUGCUUGAAACAAUGGGUAGACUGGUAAAGAAGUAGUAAAAUUGUUUGAGGCUGCAAUCAUGAAGGAUGUGAGAUGUAACCAUAGUAAUGGUGGAAAGAAGCCAUCUAUAGCCUUCUGCGUCCUUGAGCUAGAAUCGAAGGGGAAAUCAUAGAAUGUUGCCUUCCUGCAAGCACUGGCCAUGUUUCCAAGCUGAAGAUCUCAGGUAUGAGAUAUUGCUGUCAUCAGAUUCAUAUUCAACACAAAUAUGUGCAACAUCUGAAUUUCAUGGGUUCAAACUUCAAUAUCAUCAACUGCUUUGGGUUGCACGUCAUAAGUGUAGCCUGUUGAAUCUGCUGUACUUUAGAGUGCAAGAAGUUUUAAUUUGCAGAAAAUAAUCCUUGCAACUUGACAUGUAGUAAAGUAUACCUCUCGUUCUUGUGCUCCUGCCUGAGCUUUAAACAUUAACUAUUCAUUCUUCUGCACAUUUCUUUUGGUUACAUUGGACAAAACUACAGUAAUUAAUCAGGUCAAAACUGCAAAACAUCAUAACUUAGGCAGAAGUAGAAGUGUAGGAAGCUUUGCAUCCAAAUCCCAAUCUACAAGGCAAGAAUAACCAAUGGAAGGAGACAGCGACAAAAAUGGUUGAGCAGUAAAACUUUUAAAUAUUUUUUUCAUAAGAGAAGUACAAUCUUAGGAGUAAAUUGUUUAUUUUCUAAACUGCUACAACAAAUCUGUAUAAAAUCAUUGGAACUUUGGACCAGUCCGGCGGAAAGGGGAGAUUCACAAUUAGCUGUUCCUGAAUCCAUGUUACGUAAAGGGCAAGGAACAAGAAGAACAAAACCUCACACGAAUAAAGCCCGGCUUGAUAUGAGGUUUUACAGAUGGAACAUGUCGAUCAUUUGUGUGCAGGGA